AUGCAGUGUGUACCUGGGAGCUUGGAGGAUCCAAAAACCGUGACACAUCAUAAGUUGAUACAUGCUACUUCUGAGAAGGUGCUGACAGACACAAAAACAGUGUUGGAGGAAAACAUUCAAGAUAGAGACGUCUUGCUUUUGAUAAAGAAGCGUGCGCCACCUCCGCUCCCCAAAAUGGCAGACGUGUCAGCAGAGGAGAAAAGGAAACAAGAGCAGAAAGCUCCUGAUAAGGAUGCUAUUCUCAAAGCAACUGCAAAUCUGCCCUCUCGCAAUGUAGAUCGUACUGUGGCCCAUCACAACAUGAGGGAUUUCCAGACAGAGCUCCGGAAGAUAUUAGUGUCUCUCAUAGAAGUUGCACAGAAAUUGCUAGCACUGAACCCAGAUGCAGUUGAACUGUUUAAGAAGGCAAACGCCAUGCUGGAUGAGGAUGAGGAAGACAGAGUGGAUGAGAUAGCUCUGCGACAGCUUACAGAAAUGGGGUUUCCAGAAAGCAGAGCUGUCAAAGCCCUUCGAUUAAAUCAUAUGUCAGUGACACAGGCCAUGGAGUGGUUGAUAGAACACGCAGAUGACCCUACAGUGGAUGCUCCGCUUCCAGGUCAGACUCCAUCAGAAGCCACAGCUGAAGCUGGUGCAUCCUCUGCUGAAGCGGCUGCAGGUCCUAGUUCAGAAGCGGGUGGGGAAGAGGCCAAGGAUGAGCUGACAGAAAUAUUCAAGAAGAUCCGGAGGAAAAGAGAGUUUCGUCCGGACCCACGAGCUGUCAUUGCCCUGAUGGAGAUGGGAUUUGAUGAAAAAGAAGUGGUAGAUGCACUCAGAGUAAACAACAACCAGCAAAACGCAGCCUGUGAAUGGCUGCUGGGAGACAGAAAGCCUUCUCCAGAGGACUUAGAUAAGGGAAUUGACACCAAUAGCCCUCUCUUUCAAGCCAUCUUAGAAAACCCAGUGGUACAGUUAGGGCUAACCAACCCUAAAACUCUACUAGCCUUCGAGGAUAUGCUUGAAAACCCCUUGAACAGCACUCAGUGGAUGAACGAUCCGGAAACUGGGCCUGUCAUGCUACAGAUCUCUCGAAUCUUCCAGACACUGAAUCGCACGUAGAGGGGAACGCCAGUCCACUGUGCCACUUCCUCCUGUCCCUCGCUUCGCCUUCCCUUCAACAGGAGGGUGCACGGAUUGUUUGGGGAGGGGGGCGGAUGGAAGCGGGGGGGAGAUCCUGUCUGAAUGGGUCUCUCGCACGAGAGCUUAUGUAGUUAUGGCCAACUGAAGUUAAUUGCCUUGUGGAUUUAGUGUUAGUGGAAGAGGUUUGAAGACUUGUUUAUGUUUUCAGGUAUUAGGCUUAAAAUAAAGUAUAUCAAAAAAUAGGAAAAGGUUUUGUGAAAACAAUUAAGAUUCUGAUUGUUGGAAAGAAAUAUGAUAAUGCUUGUUAAAAAGGCCUGUGACAGUAGUUUUCUAGCCAGUUUUGCUAGCAUCUGGCUAGUGUUUACAAAAGGUCACUGACCACUAGCAUAGGAUAUUAAUCAUCUCCAUACAGUAUUAAUUUAUGGCUAUAUCAAAUUAUAAAAUGCUUUUUAAAAUUGAUUCUUAGGAAAUGUUUUUUAAAAGUCCAAAUAUUGGGAGAGCAAGCACAUUUCUAUCCAAACGUGUUUAUCUUGCAUUAUAAUUUAAACAGAAUAAUUCAGAGAUGGAAUUCUUUUAAUAAAUAGCAUUACUUUUUCCUAUUUAUUUUCUGCGUUAGUGUUGUUGCAGUCCCGCAGUGGUUAUACUCGUAGGAGAUUCUCUGUCAGCUACGUUAAAGAUGCAGUAUCUCUUUCACGACAGAACUCGCUACACCAAGACUUGGAUUCUCAAGUAGGCUGCGGUUCCUAAGUUCAUGCUCUGCCAUAUACUAGUGCAAGGAGGGAUGUGUUCACGUAGUGGGGUUUUUUCCAUUUUUAUGUGCACGGUUUUGGAAAGGGAGACCUGUGGGUUUUGACUUUGUUUCAAACUGUUUACAACAAAGCAACUCACCUGCAUGGUUUUUCAUUGGUGAUCUGUAAAGAAGCAGAACCGCUUAAGUUUUUAUCUUGUUUAAUGUAUUUAAAAGCACGCUUGAAAUUAUUAUCUUCUUUGAGAUAGAAGUGGUUUUUCUUGACGCUUAUUUUUACCUUGGAAAUACCAAAAAUGUCAGGCUGUGUCUUUCCUAUCUUGCUAGAAGACUGACUUGAGAUUUCAGACAGGAGUUGUGAGCUUUUAAGAACAGAACUCCCUGGCGAAUAUCCAGCUAGUUUUUGUUAAGAUUGGGCUCUGCAGGUGUUACUUCUUUAACAGUCUGAACAAAAAUGGGUUUUGUUUUCAAGUUAGUGAAACAUGAUUGACAUCUGUCAUAAUCCCUGCCAUGUCUUGCGUUUCACAGCCUUUUUUUGGAAAGGCAGGCUAGGCAAGACCUGCCUCUCCAAAAUGCGGAGUAACCAGAUGGAGACCCUGUCCUUAAAUAGCACAAAGGUGUCCUGUCAAAUAGGGAGAUCCUGAAGAGCUCUGCAAGUCACCUUUUUGUGUCGGGGGUUUUUUUUGUGUGUGGUUGGGUUUAUUAAACAAAAAUGCAACAAGAUGCAACCCGAAACCCUACAACAAGUUUUGGCCUGAACUUGGCAUCUGAUCUAUGCUGUUAUGCAGUCAAGGCACUGAAGUUGCCAAUUUCACAUGAUUAAUAUGAAGGGUGGGGAAAUCAAAACAGCAUGAGAUUUUAUCUUGACUUACUAUCCCAGGAUUUUUUUUUGUUAUUUGUAAGUUCAUAUUAAGCUUUACAGUUCAUGACUGCUGAAAUAUUUACUUCUACGUUUAGAAAUUCCAAGCUUUAUAGAGAUGCUUCUUCUGUUCAAAUUGGACGGUAAAACCAUGUUUCUGGAGUCUUGCUAAGAACAGAUUGACAGCAUGACAUUAAAUUGUAACCCUGUCCUAUGACUGUAAAAGCUAGGAACCUGAUCCUGCCGCCCAGUGAGUUCAGCACAACUACUCAUGAGUAGCUGUGACUGAAUGUUGUAGUGUUAUGAAAGGUUUUGAUUAUUUUGUCCAUUUUUUUUUUCUUACUCCCUGAAGCUUUUUGCCUGUAAUACUACCAGAGGACACUAUUACUUGAAGCUCUUAACGUUUAGAGGUACAUGUCCUUCUCUGCCAGUCAGGAUUCUUGUAAAUGUUCCUUUUAAUGAGUGUUUUUAGAAGACAAAGCUGGGAAAAACUACCCUGUAGUUGGAUGGGCUUUUUUUGGCUUCUGAAUGAAUACGUACAGGUUCAGACUCAACAAACAGAUACUUCGGUAGCGGUCUUGGUCUUUGCAGAAUGUAAAGGCUCGUUAAAAUGCUUCUUUUGAUUUCAGUUAUACGCGAUCAGACUCUGGAGUGGCUGUAGAGCUUCCAGACAGACCGGGCAAGGAUCAUCCGUCUCAAACUUUAGAGUCAUCUAAAAGUUUGGCAUCUGGUUUGCUGGCAGAACCUAGGGGACUCGCCGUAUGGCGAGAGCGAGCAACCCAUCUUGCCUGUACUGGCGUGGGAGGAGCUGCCCCCAGGACUGUCUGUUGCUGCUGCCAGGGCAAUGUGGGUGAGGAACUUGAACCAGCUCCCCAGCUUUUAGGGGCCUGAAGCUGGGUCCGUUCCUGAUACGCUGUGUCUGACCUGCUUCGGAGGAGCGGAGUCAUGCACUUCUAAGGGUGAAGGUUCUGCUGCUUGUGUAUCUCUGCGUCGGCCCCACAACGACAGGAUCCGUGUGAUACUGCCAGUGAUAGCAGCACUGUGAUACUGCUGCUGAACUGUGCAUGUUCUUCAGCGUCAGUUUGAUCAGGGUGAUAACUCUUACCAGAGCUGCCUCCCUUGGUAUGCCAGGACAGGAGCAGUGCCGCCGAACCUUUUAUAAAGUGAGGAAAAAGGCAGCGGUAAAACAAGUCAUGCUUGUGUAGUAGAAGAAGGUAAGAAUGCACAGGUUCGACAACACAACCUAAUGUUGCAGCAACAGUUAGAGACCUGAGGGAUAAAGGAAUACUGCAUCUUUAAAAUGCUUGAAGGCUUGAGAAUACGUGGUUAUUUCUGGAUUUUGUUAUUCCAGAGCUCAACACUUACACAGCUGAAGUGUUGGAGACUGUGUUCUUCCCGAUCUGCCAAACACUCUUCUUGCUUGGUAUGGCUUUAACAUAGUCCUGCUCGUCUUUCGAGAACUUAAGUUGCCAGUGGCCAAUAGCCGAAAGAGGCCAGAACUUAGGAGGUGUGAUGUUUGCAGCAAGGCAUAGGAGUUGAUUUUAAAACAAACAAAAACUACCCUUGAGGUUGAACAAACGCUUGAGGAAUUGAUCAAGACGUCAGUGUUGUUGUUAGGGUAUGAAUGAGUAGCAGACUAGGGAGCUGUGGGCCCCCGUCACACCUGGGUGUAUUGCUACUUCAUCACAGUAAAUGGAGGGGGGAGUUAAGUCCGCUGUGCCUGCAAAGGCAUUGAUUAUCCCAGUUUUUACAAAACCUGCCACAAACUGAAAGAUUGCUGCUGUUGAGUCAGUGUGCUGAGUCAGACGGGUCUCCAGGCACAAGGAGUGCGUGUGGUAAGAGCUUUGCCUGGUGAUAAACUGUCCUGUUCCGUGGCUGAAGGGCAGAGGACUGGUGGAUCUGGUCGGUAGAGCAGUGAGAGGUCCCUAAGCGCACGGGAAUAGAAGUUGUUGUUUUAA